GUGAGGAGAAAAAUAGAGAAUGUACAUUUAUAAAUGUUAUACAGGGUAUUUCUAUAGAAAUCUAAUGUUUUUUCGAUCUUAGAUGCUAAUAGCUCAGCUAAAAAAAUGUAAAUUAUUUAUAUCGAAUAUUGGAAAUCAAAAUUUUAAUCAAUUAAAUUUUAUGACUAACGGAUCAAACGCUUUUAAUUACAGUAUUUUUUUUAUAGAAUAGAGUUUUAAUUAAUAUUAAUUUUUAAGUUGAAAAUCAACUUAUCUGCAAGAGUAUUUAACAUUAAAAAUUAUGGAGGCACAGCAAAAUUUUACUUUGAUAAUCAAACUUAUUAGGAGAAGGCGACUGACUUAAAAUUUGUCAAAUCUCUUAAUUGAAUUUAUGGCUCGUAUGAUAAUAAUGCAACAUUUUGUAAAUACUGUAAGCAAGAAAUAGUGAGAUUAUGCACCUAUAGGAGAAACGAAAAUGUGGUAUGGUUGUUAAUAUAAUUAGUAUUGUUUUAAGACUAGGCAUUUUAUUGAUGAACACAAUAUGAACACAGUAUACGUAUUAAUAUUAAGAAAGCCUAGAAUAUAAGCGGUAUUUUGUAGAAUUGUAUGUUACAAGGGUCAUGUAAGCAAGGCUGCAAGUACAACAAAUGGUACAGAAGACAAUGGUGUUCGCUCGCGAAUAAUCCAUUGUAUAAUAGACAUCGAUGAGAAACGGUAGAAUGCAGAUGGCUACGUAAUAAAGAGAAUACUGGAAAUCACAAGUGAGAGGCGCUUUAUUAACUACCCAACUUCCAUACAAUCGAGCACGAGUGUUCAGCUGAUCGUCCCUGUACAUAUCUCGCUUACCACAUAUUUUGUGUCAAAACUCACGGUGCUGCCUCAGGAUCGGCAGCAAUGCAGUCCCAGCGAGUUCAAGCAGAUCUUUGUCCGGGGUCAUACGCAGUUACUGAUAGCGGAACCGUUGCACUCGAAGGUGGAGACGACGGAAAUGCUCGCUCUUGACGCUCACGAGAGCGUCCUGCAGUGCGAAUUCUGCGGUGACAGUUUCGUCUCCGAACAGGCUCUUAAUUUGCACUUAGAGACGCACGAGUCCCAUUCGGAAGAGUCCCAAGCGCAGCCGCAGCAGGACGAGCAAUUGGUCUGCGAGAAUUGCGGCUGCAGCUUCGCGACGACGUUGGAGCUGUAUGAACACCAGAAGGAACACCUUUCCGAGGAGGAGUGUUUCAGCUGCGACAACUGCGGCUACCUGACCUCGGUCAGGGAGAGCCUGAUCGCCCACGAGCGGCGGUGCCACGUGUCCGAUUACAAGUAUCAGUGCGAGGUGUGCGGCGAGCAGUUUCAGAGCAAGAGCAACUGCCAGGUACACAUGCUGUCGCACUCGCGUGAAAAGCCGUUUCAGUGCGACGUGUGUAACGCCACGUUUCGCUACCGCCAAGGUCUACGGCUGCACACGAAGCUGCAUCAGCCGGAUUACGUGCCGCCGCAGAGGAAGCACCACUGCGAGCUGUGUAACAAGCGUUUCUCCCGAAAGCAGGUGUUGCUGGUACACAUGAAGACUCACGGCAAUGUGGGACCGCAAAAUGAAUAUGUGUGCAAGACGUGCGGCAAGUCCGUGUCCAGCAAGACUUAUCUCGCGGUGCAUCUACGGAAGCACACCGGCGAGAAGCCACACGUUUGCGACAUUUGUGGCAAGGGUUUCAUCUCGCAGAAUUACCUGAGCGUGCACCGUCGCACGCACACAGGCGAGAAGCCUCAUCAGUGCACCCACUGCAACAAAAGGUUUACUCAACGGACUACGUUGGUGGUGCAUCUACGGGGUCAUACGGGCGAUCGACCUUAUCCCUGCACGUGCUGUCACAAAUCGUUCGCUUCGAAAACGAUGCUGAACUCGCAUCUGAAAACGCACGCGAAACAAAACGCCCGGCAGCAGCAGGAGCAGCAGCAACAGCAGGUACAGCAGCAGCAGAGUUCGCAGCAGCAACAAGAAUCAUUGCCGCUCGAAACCGUCACUAUAAUGUUGUAGUUAGGACAAUUUUACUAAAAUAGACCCAUAUUUUUUUAUGUAAUUUAGUUUGUGUGCUUUUUUUUAUGUUUUAUCAACGCUUAGGUGAUAUUAGCAGAUGUGAAGAAAACGCUAGAUAUAAAAUGACUGGUACUUUGCAAUCUACACAAAUCGAUAAGCUUUUGAAUUCUAGAGGAUAACUGGUGGAAGUAUAUUGUAAGGCACAAACUCGCUUUUGUAGUGAUAUUUUUUACGCCAUGUAAAAUUAGAUGGAAAGUAUGCUUGUAACAUGCAUUGAUUUGUUAAAAUACGAACAAAUAUUUUUAUCGAGUUAGGGUCUCUCUUAAAUGGAAUCAGUGUAUUAUGACUGAAAGUAGUGAAGAGUAAAGUAGAAGUUGUCAACUAUUGUGUAACAUUGCAUUUUUAGUGAAAUCUUACUGGAAGCAAUUACGUUGUUUUGUGAUAUUAGACUGCUGCAAAUCGUGAACAGUAGCAGGUUUAGAUAAAUAAAAUGUAACAUAUGAUUCUCAGUUUGAAUAAUAGUUACAGCUUUAAAUGUGACAAUCUCUCCUAAAAAAUAGUAAUUUAACAUACAGAAAACCUUCUAAACUAUAUAUAACGCGAAUAUGUAUAAUUAAUUUUACAAAUUAUAUAAUAAAUUGUAAAAUUUAGUUUUCUUAGUUAUCAGUGAGAAGAUGAAAGAGCAAAGUGUGAGUAUCAUUGAAUCACCUACAUUGAAAAUAAAAAAUGAAAUACUGAUAUUUAGUGAAGUCCUGCAUUAUCUUGUUUUAAUUAUCGAAAUUUUCACUGAUUCAGUUUAAGAGAGGUAGGUACCUCGCAUUUCUCUGAAAAGUCUGACAGAUGAUAUUGUUGAUGUUUAUACACAAUAUCUAAUUUUAAAGAAUUACAAGAUAAUGCCAACUAUUUAUUGUGGUUGGUGAGUAGUUAUCGAUCAAAGAAUCAUUAAACAAAAUAUCUUGCAAACUAUGUAAUGCAAGAUCUUCAUUAAAAAAUAAAUUAUUUUGUAAAAGUUAAUCAAAUUUUGAAAGAUUUACCAAUGAAAUAUUAGUUAGUUUUAGAAACAGAUCAUGAAGACAUCGAAAUAAUAAGAAAUCGAACCAAUAAAUAGUUCUCAUUUGCAUAUUCACAAUACUGAUCUAUAUACUGAUCAGUGGUUUGUUUAUCACGUUCAAAAACAUCAGAAAACGCAAGUGACAUCACAAACUGUAAUAAACCGUCCAUAAUUUUUUAAUUAUAUUAUUGACACAGUAUUUUUUUAAAUUUAUGCUUAUAUUUUUAUUUAUAAUGCGACUUAUAGACAGAUGAUUAUUUAUUCAAUAUUUACUACGUGCGCAUCUUUAUAGAAGAUCAUUAAUGAUAUGUUCUAGUGUAAAUAAUUGUACACUCUUAAAAUGAGUGUGAUACUUGCCUUAUUGUUACAAAUGUUUAUUAAACAAUUACCGGAAAUAAAAUUCCAGUGCCUUUAUUGUUAUAUAUAUCAUUGUUUAAAUAAAAGAAAGUUAUAUAUAAUUAUAUAACACGAUUAUAUGUAAAAUUACUGGAAUAAAUCUAUUAUAGAUGAUUAAUGAUA